CUAUAUUCCUUUGCAACAUCGCCUUUACCUUUCUUUACCUUUAUCUGGAGCUUUGUUAGCUAAGUUUGCGACAGCCGUUCGCCUGCUGCCACGAGGCUUCUACAGUUGUGGACUGACUGCCUGUGCCACGCGACCCCUCGUCUUCAGCUCAGCUCUGCGAUACCCAUCUUGACGAGGCAAACACGAGAUAUAACAGUCCCGCGAGCGCUCUUUUGUCUUUUUUUGCUCGUUCUUUCGCCGUGACACCUCGUACAAAACACAUCGGCCGAGAUAGACAACACAAAAGCAAGCAAGCACACUAUAGCUAGGCGCCGCCAUGGCUGAUACCACAAACGCUGACCCGUCAGCGACGGCAGCCCCAGCACCAGAAAUCCUCGCUGGAAUUACUGAAGAGUCGUUGGCCAAGGGGGAAAACCCGUUACCAAAGGAAGAGCAUCCAUCAGGAAAGGACGGCUAUGGAACUUUUAUGCAAAUAGUCCGUGGCUCCUGUUUCGCUCUCUACUUCAACACAUGUAUCGUCAUCAUUUUCCUCACCCAGCUCAUCGGUUUGCCGUUGUACUUUGUCAACCGCGACUGGUACUACGCUUACGUAGCCAUGACCAAGGGCUUCUUCGGUCUGACCAUAACUCUCAUGACCCAAAUCUGGGGCCCGACAACCAUUCGAGUGAGCGGUGACGAGUCGGUCGCUGGACAGAUUAAGUUGCGGUCCGACGGGGGAGUGCAGUUUGAGUUUCCUGAGCGGUUGGUCCUCAUCGCCAAUCAUCAGAUUUACACAGACUGGCUCUACCUUUGGUGGAUUGCCUAUGCCAACUCCCCAAGUAUGCAUGGCCACAUCUACAUCAUUCUCAAGGAGUCACUCAGGCGCAUCCCAAUUGUCGGUUUGGGCAUGCAAAUCUACGGAUUCAUCUUCAUGUCAAGAAAGAUGGCUUCCGAUCAGCCCAGAAUGGCGUACCGCCUCAACAAAUUGAAGCAGCCCAAGGUCGACCCCAAUGGGAAGUCUUAUAUGAACCCGAUGUGGCUGCUCUUGUUCCCUGAAGGCACCAAUCUUUCCAACAAUGGACGUAGAAAGUCGGCAGGUUGGGCCGCCAAGAUGGACCUCAAGGACCCCGAGCACGUAUUGCUUCCAAGGAGCACUGGCAUGUUCUUCUGUCUGAACGAGCUCAAGGGAAGUCUCGACUACGUCUAUGAUUGCACUGUCGCGUAUGAAGGAAUCCCCCGAGGUGGGUUCGGUGAGCAGUACUUUGGACUGGUUAGCACCUACUUCCAAGGACGCCCGCCCAAGUCGGUCAACUUUCACUGGCGUCGUUUCCGACUGAGCGAUAUCCCCCUUGACGACCAGAAGGCCUUUGAUCUCUGGCUUCGCGAGGAGUGGUAUAAGAAGAAUGCACUGAUGGAAGAGUAUAUGACGACUGGUCGGUUCCCUCGCAUGGAAGGCGGUAAGGUCGAUUACAUCGAGACCGAGGUCAAGACAAGGCAGCCAUGGGAGAUUCUCCAGCUCUUCACCGUCGUUGGCACUGCUGCGUUGAUUUGGCACAACGUCAAGAAGACAUUUACGACUGUGACGACCGUCUUUCAAUAGAAAGAGCCGAGGUUCGGUUGGGAACUGAGCAGGUAAUGGUGAGGAUGUGGAUGGAAGCGGACCUUGGUGGUUGUGUCUGUCGAAAUCUGACUGCCUCAAGGUUGCACAACCUCUCAAGGUGAGCUGGAAUGGUUUGGUAAAGGUGUGAAGGUUUUGCUCAUUUCGGAUUGAUGUUUUUCGUUUUGUUGCGGCAUAGAAGAGAUACCGAGGCGCAGUCUGGUUAGAAAGGAGGCAUCCAUGAGAAGAGCAGAGGACGCUAUUAGGAUUCGGACAGGAUCCGAGGGCUGAGAGGCGAAUGGGAUAUCUGAAGACUAUUCAAGGUAGUUGAGCAAGCGUAUAGCAGCACAGUAGAAUUGAUAGCCUGAAUGAUCGAUACUUCACUUUUGUCGCUACUG